AGACAGACCAUUGUCAAGUUGCUCUGCUCUCCCUGGUCCAAGUGCCCCUCGUUGCCUGGAGCCAAGCAGUUACACUUGUUAAAGGAGCCUCUGGCAACACGCGCGCGUCUUCAUAUUGAUGUUUUGUUCACAUCUGAAAUAUUCGCCUUUGAUGUUUGCGCGGCUCUGAAGAAUGCGCUGUUGUUGAGUUGGACUGGCGAACUGGCUUUCACAGAGGUCGGAAUGUUCCAACGGCUUAAAGGCGCCAUUGAUUCGAGAAUAGCGGAGGAGCAAGCAAAGGCAAAAGCAGCAGGAACACCUACUGUGGGCUCAGGAACAGUAUCAAGGUCGAACUCUGCAAGGGCCGACCCUACGAAGCGGACGAAGCAAAAGACUAAGGUCGUCGGUGACGGUGCAAGGGGCCCGGACCCGUCGGAAUUCGAAUCAGCCUUUGUGAUUGACGACGACGAGGGCACGCCGGAAUCUACACCCAGUGCGACACCGCUGAUCACAGACACCAAGGGAACUACAAUGACGGGAAAGAGCAGUCCUGCACCUGCGGCUGUGGCCAAUGGCGAGGGGGUGAAUGAGAAGUCGGAGGCUGUGCCCAAGCCGACUACGCCUUCACCAGCCACGACAGCAGCAGCGACUGAGCUACCGGUGGAGGUGCUGCAGAAACUACGAAAACUUGACAAACUAGAGUCACGAUACCAAGAGUUGCUCCGAUCAUACCGCAUCGCUCAUGCGCGGGCCGUGUCAAUCGAGCCGUUUGAGAAGACACUGAAGGAGAAUACACCGUUAGUUUCAAUCAGCGAGCCGGAGGCGUUGGUGGAAUACCUAAACCAGCUGAGCUUAAGGGGAGAUAUGGUCAUGGAUGAGCUGAAGCGGGUGACGUCGGACCGCGACCUCUACAAGAAGAAGUUUGAGGAGGCAGAGAGGGAAGCUACUGAUGCACAGGCCGAGCUUGAGGCUUUGAAAUCGAGCGAGGGGGUUAAGCCUUCCGAGGAGCCACAACCUGAAGACCAAGCAGCGAAACCUACCGAUUCGAAAGCUCCGGCAGAUGUCAAGUCGCCAGUCUCAUCGGUGCUCAAGAUCUUCUCCCCGAAGCAAAAGCCUACCGAGCCCGAGGGUGCGUCUGAGGACUUCUUCUCCUACGACGAGGAGAUCCCGCAAUUACAAUCCGAGCUCCAAGCUAAGACCACUGAGGUCGAGACUUUGAAAUCCGAGGUGGUGGUACUCCAGAAAGAUUUGGAUGCCUUCAAAGAGAAAAACAAGGGCCUUUCCACGACGGUGCGGUUAUUAGAGCGACAAGUCAGUGAAUCUUCAGAAAAGUCAGCAUCCAAUUCUGCGCGCCAGGAAGAGCUGAAGGAGCUUCAAGGCAAGCUCGAUGCCUCCACAAAGUCCAUCUCGGAGCUCCAGGCGAAGAUUACGGAGAAGGAGAAAGAGGGAACCGAUGCUGCCUCGUCCAAAGCCGCCGAGCUAGAGAAGUCUCAAGCUACUAUCGACCAACUAAAGAAGGAAUUGAAAGAUCUGCAGACGCUACAGGAUGGUGACAAGAAGAAAAUCAAGGUCCUCGAGGGUAUCGUCGCUACUCUAAAGAAGAACGGUGAGGAUGCCGAAGUUGCUCCUGCCAAAGCUGAGCCCGAAAAUGCUGCAGCACCCACGACCACACCCGCCGCAGCCGAGAGUGCCGCUCCAGCUGGAGCCAAGAAGAAGAACAACAAGAAAAAGAAGAAGGGCGCCAAUGCUGGCAAGGACACCCCUGCCGCUGCCACAGAAGCACCUCAAAAACCGACCGAAAGCGCGACUCCCGAUGCUCCCACCAACGACCUGGAAGCCGAAGUUGAGAAGCUAAAGGCCGAAGUCGCCUCACGAGAUGUACAAAUCGAGAAACUCCAAAAGCAGCAGAAGAAUGUCGAGACCAUGCGCGAGAAGAUCGAUGAGCUGGAGGAGAACUACCUGCAAGUUGGCCACGAGCAUGUCGAAGCCAAGCAGAAGAUCAAGGAGCUAGAAGCCGAGAAGAAGGUCCUCCAGCAAAAAGUCGACGCCCUCGAAUCUUCCAUCUCCUCGCAGAUCGAGCAUCGAGAGAAGGCGGGACAAGCGGAGGCGAAUCUCAAGUCCAUGACCAGCGACCACGACGAGCUGAAGACGAAGCUGUCAACCCUCCAAAGCGACCUCGGCGCCGCGGAGAAACUCGCAUCGACGCGGUACAAGGAACUCACCGACCUGCGCGACGUUCUGCAGAAGGCCCAGCCCGAGCUCAAAUCGCUGCGCAGCGAAAACGCGGCCCUGAAGACCACCAAGGACGAGCUGGCCGCGCGGACGGGGGAGUUGCGCAAGCUGGAGGCAAGGGAGAGGGAGCUCAGGGGCGAUGUGGGGAGUUUUAAGAAGCAGGCUGAGGAGCGGGAAGCGGAGGUUAAGGCGCUGCAGGCCCAGUUGACGAGCGAGACGAAUGGGCGCGUCAGGGCUGAGGAUGCGGCGAGGGUUGCGGGGAGGGACCUACGGCGCGUGGAGGCGGAGAAGAUUGAGCUCUCUGCUACGGGGGAGAAGGCUAGUCGGGAGCUAGGGGCGGUGAGGGAGGAGGUGCUUAAGCUGCGGACGAGGGUGAGGGAGCUGGAGGCGGAGAUGGGGAGGGUGGGUGCGGAGAAUCGCGAGGUCAGGGGGGAGAUGGAGUUGAAAGUCAGCCAGUACAGCAGUGCGCAGAGUCUGGUGGGGAGUAUGCGCGACCAGACGGCGGAGAUGGCUAUGCAGCUCAAGGAGGCGAAGGAGGCGGCUGAGAGUCUGGAGGAGGAGCUGGGGGAGGUGCAGAGGCUGUUGACGGAGCGGACGAGGGAGGGGGAGACGAUGAGGAGGUUGUUGUCCGAUAUUGAUGAGAGGGCGGAGGCGAAGGUGAGGGAGAUGAGGGAGAGGAUGGAGGCGGCGGUUGAGGAGCGGGAUCGCGCGGAGGAGGAGGCUGCGACGGGGGGACGGAGAAGGGCGAGGGAGGCGGAUGAGUUGAAGGGACGGGUGAGGGAGAUGGAGCGGGAACUGAAGCGCGCGUUGGAGGAUCGGGAGGCGCUCGACCGCGAGGCGAAGGAGGUUAAGAGACGGAGGGACGAGAUGGAGGGCGUUAGUGCGAGGGCGGCGGGUGAGGUGCAAGAGGUAAGAGCUGCGAUGGAGGAGCUGAGGACGGCGUUGGACGGGAGUGAGAGGCAGGCGAGGGAGGCGGAGAAGGGGAAGGUUGACCUGAGGAGGUUGUUGGAGGAGGCGGGGGCGAGGUAUGAGAAGUUGGCUAAGACGCUUAAGGCGCGGGAGACGAGGUUGGCGGAGCUGACGGGGGCGGGAAGAAGGGUGUCGGGGGAUUUGGGGGGGGGAGGGAGUAGGGGGGCGUCGCCGGUGGGACAGGGGGUGAGCGAUGUGCAGUAUUUGAAGACGGUGCUGUUGCAGUUUUUUGAGCAGAGGGAUCGCAAGUUGCAGCAGCAGCUGGUGCCGGUGUUGGGGAAGUUGUUGAGGUUUGAUGGGAAUGAUGAGAGGAAGUGGAAUGCGGCUAUUGCUGCGAAGUAGGCGGGGAUGGGGGAGGACGGGGUGUGAUUUAGUGUACUAUAUGUGUGUGUGCUGUCUGUGUAGAUAGUUGGUGGAUGGGGGUGGAUGGGGGUUACAGCGUGAGCAUGAGCAUGAGUAUGAGCAUCAGCGUUGGCUUCGUCCUUGUUCUGGGAUAGGAAUGUUAAUGGGGAAUAGGAAUAUACAAAAAAAGGGGGGCUGUAAGGGUACAUAAAUGGACGUCGUUUGAAUAUUGGGGUGUGCGUGGUGGGAAGUGAGCUCGAGGGUCUCUGUAUCACAGCGAGGCAUCACAGGUAUGUAUUCUGAUACUUGUACCAAAGCAUCAUCACUGCAUUGGGGUUGGGCGUGGGAUUAUAUAGCACGUAUGACAAUUACUGAACUGAAUCGGGG